CUCCCUCAUCAUUUGUAUAAAACGAGGCCUCCAGCAGAGAUCAGUUCCUGACAAAACCCUCCUGAUUCUGUCUGCCCGUCCGUCUCGCCGACUGCUGCCAUGUCGUUUGUUGCUCCUCCUGGCUAUCAGCCAAUCUACGGCCCUAGAAUUCCCUAUCUGGGGCCUAUUUAUGGAGGCCUGAGGGAAGGAGUGUCCAUCUACAUCCAGGGAUCCAUUCCUGAGGACAUUACCAGGUUCUAUAUCAACCUGCUCUGUGGAGAGUCUGAGUCUAGCGACAUCGCCCUCCACUUCAACCCUCGUUUUGACGGCUGGGACAAGGUGGUCUUCAACAGCUGUCAGGAGGGAUCCUGGGGGUCUGAGGACAAGAUUCGUGAUAUGCCCUUCAGUAAAGGCCAGGCCUUUGAAAUGGUCAUCAUCGCCACUUCACAGGGCUACCAGUUCAAAGUCAAUGGGAAUGACUUCUACACCUUCGAACACCGCCUCCCUGUGGAGAGAGUUCGAGCAAUGCAGAUCGCAGGAGACGUCUCCAUCCAGACGAUUAACGUCAUCGGGGGCGGAGGAAUGGGAGGAGGAAUGGGAGGAGGAAUGGGAGGAGGAAUGGGAGGCGGAAUGGGAGGAGGAAUGGGAGGUGGAUAUCCAGGAGGUGGCAUGGGGGGAGGAUUCCCAGGAUCAAACCUACCGGGAAUGGGCGGGCAGCCAGUCUACAACCCUCCUGUGCCCUACUCCAACAUGAUCCCAGGAGGGAUGUACCCUAAGAGGACCAUCAUCAUCAGAGGCAUGGUGCCCUAUGGAGCAGACAGAUUGAGCAUCAACUUCAUGGUGAGCAGAUCUCGGGACAUCGCCUUCCACAUGAACCCCAGGGUGAGGGAGGGGAUGGUGGUGAGGAACAGCAUGAUCGGAGGCGACUGGGGCCAGGAGGACACAGAGGCCAGCAUGAACCCCUUCAUGGAGGGACAGUACUUUGAUAUGUCGAUUCGCUGUGGGAACCAGAGGUUCAAGGUGUUUGUGAACGGGCAGCACUUGUUCGACUUCUUCCACCGCAUGCAGUCCUUCAACGAGAUCGACAUGCUGGAGAUAGAUGGCGACGUGCAGAUCUCCUACAUCCACUUCUGAGACCACACAUACACUUACUAUAUAACUAUUCAUUGUGUACAUUAUUCAACUAUUCCAUGAGUUUUUCAGCUGUUGGAUGAUCUUUCAGAGAGAUAUGUCAGCCACUGUGUUAUCUCAGGUUCUUCAUCUUCCUGUGCUGUGUGAUCAUAAAUCCUAAUUAGACAAAACGUUACAUCAUCAUCGGCCGUAUUGAGUUAAUAAACAUGUCAGAAACACA